AUGCGGUCGUUCUUCAAAAAGCCGGCCUGGGCCACUACUGAUAACGAGCCUUCUGCACCUGAGUUCUACCGUCGCUCUGAACAGACAUACAAUGAUAUUUUGAAAGCGCAUAGACAGCAGCGUCAUGAACAAGCCGCAAAGUCUGCUCUGAAAGUCUCGGCCGAGCCCAGAAUUCCCACCGAUGCUCCUUCGAAGCGCCGCCGCCUAUCAGAACCAGACGACGAUGAGUCGAGAGAAGAAGCGUCGAAAACGAACAACGAGCCAGAGUCUCCCUCUUCGCCGACCGGAAGGCUACAAGAGACGAGUAGAGUUGACGUAGCUGAGGUACAUACUGGUGUCAACUCACCAGAGGAAGGAUUCCCUGCUAUUGACGGACAAGAAAGGAAGAACUUACCUGAAAUCAAAGCAGUGGACGCUGUACGGUUACACAGGGAAAGCUUUUCGUCUCCCAUCUUACCCACAAAUUCUAGCAACAGACAUGUCAUCAACAACAAAAAAGAGUCACUAUCAGCGAAGGAAAAUGCACACCGACCACCAAAUCUUACCGUGGCCAGAGAUGGGGAUACGCGUGGUGAUUACAGUGUAGAAAAGAAUGCAGUUAAGCAGGAGGAAGACCCUGCUAUUGAAAUACUCGUAACAUCUGCAAUCGAGAACACAAGGCCGCUGGUUGUUUAUCGACGAAUGUCGCAGCGAUUUCGAGAUGUCCGACUAGCUUGGUGUGAGCGACAAGGGUUUGAUAACAGGAUGACAUCGUCUGUGUAUCUGACCUGGAAUAAAAGGAGACUCUUUGAUGUAACGACAUGUAGAAGCCUUGAUUACAGUGCUUUAGCAUCUCUCUCCAAUAGUCUAGACCCGGAAGAUGAUGGCCCGUUGCGCGUUCAUGUGGAAGCUGUGACGGACGAACUAUUGAGGUCUCAGGCAGAGCAGUUGACUCGAAACCGUGCACCGGAUGAGGAUGAAUAUGAUGAACCUGAAGAAGAAAAACAACACCCGUUCCAUAUCAUUCUGAAAAGCCAAGACCGUGGCGAUAUGCGAGUAAAGGUUCUGCCGCAAACGAGUGUCUCACAAGUUAUCACCAACUACAAGAACAAAAGAAAGAUACCACCGGACAGCACAGUUUCUCUGUCUUUUGACGGCGACCUUCUCGACCCGGCGUCUCAGCUGAAGGAUCAUGAUAUGGCAGAUCUUGAUCUUGUGGAUGUUUUCGUGCGGUGA